UGUCCCAUUUGCAUCGGUAGCCUUAGCUAUUGCUCAAAGACACUCUUUCUAUACGUAUAUGUUGUACGCACUAAGUGACAACUGAGCAACAUCGCAUAAGCUUACAUUUGGGUGCCCUUGUCCGCUAAUCCAUGUCGUCUCAUUACGUCUUUUCUCUGCCCGCUUGACUUGCUACUUCCGUCAUGGGUCUUCAGCCCCCAACCAACGCAUUUUGGCUCGAACUAACAUCAGGCAUCUAGUCACUCAUUAAACUGCUGCUAAGCUAUCUCUCGAUCAGAUUGCCAUGUGCAAUUCUGACCCGAGGGACACGAAACGUAUUCGCGAAGAAAUAGCGCAUACAUAAGUAGGUUUGCCGCAUAGAGUUCUCUCACGUCGUCGGUUUCCCAGGGUCUGCGUGAUGACAGAGCGAACGACGGUAGCGGUAGUAGGCCUCGGACCUGCCGGCCUCGUAGCACUCAAGAACCUGACAGAAGAAGGUUUCGAUGUUAUCGCCUUUGACCGCAACAGCUAUGUUGGCGGGCUUUGGCAGUAUACCAACAAAGACCAAACGUCUGUGAUGGACAGUACGAUUGUGAAUAUCUCCAAAGAAAGGGGAUGUUUUACCGACUUUCCUUAUCCUGAAGGUAUUUCAUCGUACCCGACGGCAGCACAAGUUCAUCAGUAUCUUGUCAGCUUUCUUAAACACUUCAAUCUAGAACCGCGCAUUCGACUCAACACCCCCAUUCAUCAAAUCACCUUCAACGAAGAGCAUCAAAAAUGGGUACUUGACGUAGAAGGGAAAUCCAAACAGUACUUCGAUAAAGUAGUCAUCGCUAUUGGCGGCAUGGUUGGUGUUCCCAACAUUCCAACAAUUGAAGGCAUAGAGAAGUUUAGAGGACCGAGUAUUCAUUCUCAAGCCUUCAAACAGCCGGCAGAAUUCAGGAACAGAAGAGUCAUGGUCGUGGGUUUCGGCAACAGCGCAGCAGAUACAUCAACCCAGUUGGCUGGCAUUGCAGACAAAGUUUACCUUGCCCAUCGGCAUGGAGCGCGGAUCCUCCCUCGCGGUUUCAACGGCGCACCUAUAGAUCACACCCAUAGCAUGCGCCUCUUCACUCUUCAGUGUCUUGUUGCCAAGUACUUUCCUCGUUUCGGCGAGAAAUUCUUCGACAAGUUUGUUAAAGCUCUACAGGAUAAGAGUUUCAAACUGCGCCCGGAAUGGGGGUUUGAGCCGGCAGGCAGGCUCCCCAUCGUAUCUGACGAUCUCGUACCCUGCCUCGAAAAUGGAAGUAUUACAUCUGUCGCAGGCGUAAAACAUGUCCUCGGCGGAAGCCAAGUCGAGUUGGAAGACGGGAGGACGUUGGAGGUAGACGCCAUAAUAUGGUGUACAGGGUACAAAUCCUCCUUCAGCGUCCUCGACCCACAGUACGACCCUUCUUCCCGUUCUCCGCCUUUAUCUUGGUCAACAGCAAGCGGAUCGAACAACAGAGCGCUCUUUCGAUUAUACCACAAUGUCUUUUCGCUUGAAAAACCAGAUAGCCUGGCGUUCCUAGGGAAUGUGCAUUUCGCGCUCGGCGGCUUCCAGAUCUUCGAUAUGGCUUCACAAGCCAUUGCACAAAUAUGGGCUGGGAACUCGAUGCUGCCUUCAAAGGCUCAAAUGGAAAUAGCGGUAGACAAACAUCACGAAUGGCUCGCGUCCCACGCACAAGAUGGCCACAAUAUAUCGCCUGGGACCGUUGAAGCGGGACCUUGGAUCAGGGCCAUGGAUGAUUUGGCUGGGACGGGUGUGAACGAGUAUUUGGGGUAUGGACUGAAGGGCUGGAUGUUUUGGCUUAAGGAUAGACCAUUUUGUAACCUGUUGAUGGGCGGUCUCUGGAGCCCACAUAUCCACCGAGUCUUCGAGGGGAAGAGGAAAGCGUGGACAGGCGCGAAGGAGGCUAUUGAAAGGGUCAAUGAGGUUCUUGCUACGAACAGGAGGAGGGCGAAGGAGAAGACGGUUUGAACGUGCCCCAGGCGUCGCAGAAAUUCCGAAAAGCACUAAGCGCGUAUAGCAAGGUUAUAUGCCUUGAACCCUCAAUAGAAAUAUGUUUAGUAAGGUCAUGAACCAAGAAGUCUCCUAUAAUCGCAU